AUGCCAACUGUGCCACCAACAGCACCACCAACUGUAUUCACUACAAGAGGUUUUAUUCUCCAGACUGUGCUUCCCGACGCUACUGCCAGGGCUGUAAUUGGAGAUGAUGGUGAUAGUGCAAUGCCAUCUCCCCAGAGUCAGGCACUCGAAUGGACCCUCCAAGAUCCCUCUUUGGAGACAUAUCUGCAAGAUCACCAACGGUUUCUACAGCGAUUUGCUCUGGCAACUUUCUACUAUUCUACCAAUGGAAAUGUAUCCCGGGGAAACAAUGAGAAAUGGCUGGACUACAACCACCACGAAUGCCAUUGGUUCGCUAAAGAUGCUCAACCAGAUGAUCAAGUUACCUACCUCGAAGACUAUGAUCAGAUGGUCAAUAAGAAUCCCUGUGAGCUGCCACCCAAUGUGACCGUGCCCACAACUGCGACCUUGACUCAUGAGUCUUCCUUUAAACAUCUAUGGAUGUACACAAAUCGAUUGGAUGGGACUUUUCCAAUGGAAAUUUCAUUUUUGCAGUCCUUGCGAAGCAUCUCUGCCUACAUGAACCCCAAACUGAGGGGCAGCAUCCCAACUGAAAUAGGCGUUCUCACGAACUUGGAAUUCAUUGCUCUGCCUUAUUGUUCUCACACUGGGACUCUACCCACGGAGCUGG